AUGGACCUCGCCACGGCGGCCUUGCGCUCCCUCCUCCCCAAGCUGGCCGAGCUCAUCCACGGAGAAUACAAGCUGCAGAAGGGCGUGAAGAAAGAUGUGCAAUUUCUAGAGAGGGAGAUGACGAGCAUAGACGCCGCCCUCCGCAAAGUGGCCAUGGUGCCGCAUGACAAGCUCGACGACAACUCCAAGAUCUGGGCCAAUCAAGUCAGGGAGCUGUCGUACGAGAUGGAGGAUGUCGUUGAAAGCUUCCUGGUGGGCGUCCAGGGCUUCGAGCCCGCCGCUAACCCUGACGGCUUCAAAGGGUUCGUGAAGAAGGUGGCUAACCUGUUCACGAAAGGCAAGGCGCGCCACCAGAUCGCCAAUGCAAUCAAAAGCAUCAAGGACCAGGUCCAGGAGGUGGCGGAUCGACGUGACAGGUACAAGAUUGAUGAUCUUCAGGCAAGUCUAGCUGCUACAACCAUGGUUGAUCCUCGUCUGAUGGCUCAGUUCAAAGAUCACAAAGAGCUUGUUGGCAUCGAGGGGCCAAGAGAUGAGCUAAUCAAGAGGCUGGUAGAUGAAGAUGAUUGUGAGUCCAAGCAGCAGCUGAAGAUACUCUCGAUCUUCGGAUUUGGAGGAGUUGGCAAGACAACUCUUGCCAGAGCAGUUUACGACAAGAUACAAGCACAAUUCGUAUGCAAGGCUUUUUUUUCGGUGGGUCAAAAUCCCAACCUGAAGAAUGUUCUCAUAGGUAUUCUCCUCCGACUUGACAAAGACACUUGUUCCAAUCCGACAAUGUUAGAUGAUGUGCUGCUCAUUGAAAAACUCCGAGGGCUGCUUGGGAACAAGAGGUACCUCAUCAUCAUUGAUGAUAUAUGGGAUAUGAGUUCAUGGGAUAUAAUCAAAUGUGCUUUUAUUGAUAGCAAGUGUGAAAGCAGGGUAAUCAUAACUACUCGUAUCUUUGAAGUGGCGAAAGAGGCAAGUGAUAUUUACAAGCAAGAACCUCUUUCUCCUGGUAGAUCGAAGGAAUUGUUCUGUAUGAGAUUAUCUAUUGGCAAAAGCAAAAGCCCUUAUCAUGAAUCGGUUAAGAUAUCUGAGAAGAUAUUGCAGAAAUGUGGUGGUAUACCGCUAGCUAUCAUUACAAUAGCUAGCUUGUUGGCUAGUAAACCAGUAACAGAUUGGCCUGGGGUCUAUGACUCUAUUGGUUUUGGGAAUGAAGAUAACAAAGAAGUGGAUACCACAAGAAAGAUAUUGCUAUAUAGCUACUAUGAUCUUCCAUAUUAUCCACGGCUUUGCCUAUUGCACCUAGGUAUAUACCCCGAAGAUUUUGAGAUCAGAAAAGACAAUUUAAUUUGGAAGUGGGUGGCUGAAGGAUAUGUGCAUGAGGAACCAGGAAAAGGAUUAUUUGAGGUUGGAGAGAGAUACUUCAACUUGCUCAUAGAUAGAAGUAUGAUCCAGGCAGUAGAGAAGCCAUAUUACAGCAUAAUAUAUGCUUGUCAUGUGCAUGAUUUGGUGCUUGAUAUGAUUCAUUUUCUAUCAGAAGACGAAGGUUUUGUUACUGCAUCGAACAGUAACAGGACAUCUCUGUGCAUCACUGCUCGUAGGUUAGCCAUAAAUAGUGAAGCCAUAGAGCAGAAUGGAUAUGUGGCUAACUCGAGCAUGCAGCAAGUGAGGUCAUAUAAUGCCACCAUGUGUCAAUUUAGUAUGUUGCCAUUGCUUUCAAACUUUAAAGCUCUGCGUGUGUUGGCUUUAGAAGAGUGCACUUUCAUGGGAAGUGAGCAAUUCUCUAUGAAGCCGGAAGAUUCUCCUUAUCAUCUUAAGCAUCUUGGUAGGCUGAUUCACAUAAGGUACCUUGGGAUAUCGGACCAGCUUGAGAGCUUAGAGGUCCCUGAAGAAAUUGGGGACCUAAGGUUUUUGCAGGUACUGGACUUGGGCAGAAGUGGCAUAAAAAAACUGCCUCAAAGUGUUGGUCGGCUAACACAAUUGAAGUGCCUGCACUUUGGCGGUUCUAGCAUGGGGGUGUUGGACUGGACGAAUCUAACAUCUCUGGAAGCGCUACAGUUGCACCAUGUCUCUCCAGACUUUCUGAAAGAGCUGGGCAAGCUGAAGGAGCUGAGAGAGUUGAACCUAUACUUUGAAGAGGACGAUAAUAUGUUGUUCAAAGAUUUGGUGGGACGUGUUGCCAAUCUGCAAAAACUUCAAGUCAUAAGGGUUACUUGUUGGUAUCAAGAGGAUCCUGAGCUGUGGUCUGAUUACGCUGGCCCUGUGGCCCUUGGGCACCUGCGUCAUCUAACACUGCAUGUCCUGCUUCCUGUGCUGCCAGUGUGGAUUAACUCCUCAUGCCUCCCGAACCUCUGCCACUUGGAUAUGAACCUGAUAGCUAUGGAGUCGCAGGAUAUGGAGAUCCUCGGGUGGUUCUCAGAGCUCAUUACUCUAUGCAUUCGUUGCGAUGAUGGCGUUGUUUUUCCUGACACCAUGGAGGAGGGUGCAUUUCCCAAGUUGAGAUACUUGAAUCUGGAAAAUUCUGACCAACCCAGAUUUGUACGGGGAGCAAUGUCCAGCCUUGAGUAUAUUGAGUUCAUUGGCCUGGUACCGACCUAUGGCUUGGACUUUCAUAGCCUGGUGAACCUCCCUCGUCUUGAGAAAGUUGAUGUUGAAAUCGAUGGCAAAACUGCCAUGGGUAUCGACGUGCUGCAGGCACAUGCGUCGUUGAAGCAAGCGGUUGAGAUCCAUCCCAACCAUCCCGCACUCAAUGUACGUACUGACAUCAUUCGAGCCAUGGACCUUGCGACGGUGGCCAUGGGCUCCCUCCUCCCCAAGUUAUUCGAGCUCCUCCACGGAGAAUACAAGCUGCAAAUGGGCGUGAAGAAAGAUGUAGAAUUUCUCGAGAGGGAGAUGAGGAGCAUAGACGCCGCACUCCGCAAAGUGGCCAUGGUGCCGCGUGACAAGCUCGAUGACAACUCCAAGAUCUGGGCCGGUGAUGUUAGGGAGCUGGCAUACGAGAUGGAGGAUGUCGUUGAACGCUUCAUGGUGGGCGUCCACGGCUUUGAACCAGCUGCUAACCAAGACAGCUUCAAAGGGUUCGUGAAGAAGGUGUCCAACUUGUUCACAGAAGGCAAGACCCGACACCAGAUCGCUAAUGCGAUCAAGGCCAUCAAGGAUCAGAUUCAAGAGGUGACGGAUCAGCGUGACUGGUACAAGAUUGAUGAUGUUGAGGCAAGUCUAGCUGCUACAACCAUUGUUGACCCACGGCUGAUGGCUCAGUUCAAAGAUCAGAGAGAGCUUGUUGGCAUCGAGGAGCCAAGGGACGAGCUAAUCAAGAGACUGGCAAAUGGAGAUGACUUUGUGUCCAAGCAGCAGCUCAAGAUACUCUCAAUUUUUGGAUCUGGAGGACUUGGCAAGACAACUCUUGCCAAAGCAGUUUAUAAUAAGUUGCAAACGGAAUUUGAAUGCAAGGCUUUUUAUUUGGUGGGUCAAAAUCCUAACCUGGAGAAUGUUCUCAUGGGUAUUUUCAGCCAAGUCGACAAAGCCUCUUGUUCCAAUGCAACAAUCUUGGAUGUGCGCCUUCUUAUUAUUAAACUCCGAGAGCUGCUUGUGAACAAGAGGUACCUCAUCGUCAUUGAUGAUAUAUGGGAUAUGGGUUUAUGGGAUCUAAUCAAAUGUGCUUUCAUUGAUAGUAAAUGCGGAAGUAGAGUAAUCACAACUACUCGUAUUUAUGAAGUGGCAAAAGCGGCACGUGACAUUUACUGCUUAGAAGCCCUUUCUCCUGGUAAAUCAAAGGAAUUGUUCAGUUUGAGAUUAUCUGUUGGUAAAAGCAAAAACCCUUGUGAUCCACCGGUUAAGAUAUCUGAAAAGAUAUUGCAGAAAUGUGGUGGGAUACCGCUAGCUAUCAUUACAAUAGCUAGCUUAUUGGCUAGUAAACCAGUAACAGAUUGGUCAGAGGUGUAUGACUCCAUUGGUUUUGGGAAUGAAGAUAACCAAGAAGUGUAUAACACAAGAAAGAUAUUGCUACAUAGCUACUAUGAUCUUCCAUAUUAUCCACGGAUAUGCUUAUUACACUUAAGCAUAUACCCUGAAUAUUAUGAGAUAGAUAAAGACAUUUUAAUAUGGAAGUGGGUAGCCGAAGGAUAUGUCCCUGAGGAACCAGGAAAAGGGCUAUUUGAGGUUGGAGAGAGAUACUUCAACAUGCUGAUAGAUAGAAGUAUGAUCCAGGCAGUAGAGUAUCCAUAUCAUAGCAUCAUAUAUGCUUGCCGUGUGCAUGAUUUGGUCCUUGAUAUGAUCCAUUUUGUGUCAAAGGAAGAAAGUGCUGUUACUUUCGUGAAGAGUAAUAGGAAACUCACAUCUUCGCAUAGCACCACUCGUAGGUUAGCCAUACAAAAUGAGCAGGAUGGAUCUGUGGCUAACAUGAGCAUGCAUCAAGUGAGGUCAUAUAAUGCCACCAUGUGUCAUUUCAGCAUGUUGCCAUUGCUUUCAAACUUUAAAGCUCUACGUGUGUUGGCUUUAGAAGAGUGCACUUUCAUGGGAAGUGAGCAAUUCUCCAUGAAGCCCGAAGAUUCUCCUUAUCAUCUCAAGCAUCUUGAGAGGCUGAUUCACCUGAGGUACCUUGGAAUAUCGGACCAGCUUGAGAGCUUAGAGGUCCCUGAAGAAAUUGGGGACCUAAGGUUUUUGCAGGUACUGGACUUGGGCAGAAGUGGCAUAAAAAAACUGCCUCAAAGUGUUGGUCGGCUAACACAACUAAAGUGCCUGCGCUUUCCUGGUUCUAGCAUGGAGGUGUUGGACUGCACGAAUCUAACAUCUCUGGAAGAGCUAAAAUUGCACACUGUCUCUACAGACUUUCUGAAGGGGCUGGGCAAGCUGAAGGAGAUGAGAGUGUUCGAAGUACUCUUUGAGGAGCAUGAUAAUAUGUUGUUCAAAGAUUUGAUGGGAAAUCUUGCCAAUCUGCAAAAACUUCAAGUCAUAAUGGUUGAUUGUUGGAGUCGAGAUUGUAAGCAGUGGUCUGGUUACGCGGGCUCUGUGGCCCUUGGCCACCUCCGUCAUCUGACAGUGCAUGGCCUGCUUCCUGGGCUGCCAGUGUGGAUUAACACCUCAUGCCUCCCGAACCUCUGCCACUUGAAUAUGAAAUUGAAGGCUAUGGAACCGCAGGAUAUGGAGAUCCUCGGGAGGUUCUCAGAGCUCAUUACACUACGCAUUCGUUGCAAGGAUGGCGCUGUUUUUCCUGACACCAUGGAGGAGGGUGCAUUCCCCAAGUUGAGAUACCUGGAACUGGAAAAUUCUAACCAACCCAGAUUUGUACGGGGAGCAAUGUCCAGCCUUGAGUGUUUUGAGUUCAUCGGCCUGGUAGGGACCAAUGGCUUGGACUUUCAUAGCCUGAUGAACCUCCCUCGUCUCGAGAAAGUUGACGCUGAAAUCGAAGGAAAAACUGGCAUGGAUACCGACGUGCAGCAGGCACGUGCAUCGUUGAAGCAUGCAGUUGAGAUCCAUCCCAACCAUCCAACACUCAAUAUUCGCGGUAGGCAAAUGGAUGAUUGA